UGGAAUCGAGCCGGACAGGGACCGCAAAACCCCCAAAGCACAGCAAGGUCCCCACUUUCAUUUCUGCAUCCGCCGUCAAACUUACUGCCGGCGGAAACAGAGUGAAUGGCUUUCCCUGCUGCGUCGGCAGAAUUCAUCAAUUGCAGUCGCUGCCUUGGCGCACUCGCACCUCAUAUCAACCGAGCCACGCCAAGCCGCUACUGGAUAGGCUCUAUCCGACUGAGCCGCCCAUCACUUUCUCCAUUAUCUUUACGCAUCACCGGGACUUUGGACCUUUUCAAAGCCUUCUCCACGCGGCCGCUAUCCUUGUCCUCCUCGCUGUCUCCCCCUCUUUCAGAUCACCGAUAUCCUAUCCAUCGCAGGUGGCUGACGGAGAAAGUUGGAGAGAUGCCGUUCGAGAAGAUCAAGGUUACCAAUCCAAUCGUGGAGAUGGACGGUAUAAUGUAGCAAUCAAAUGUGCAACAAUUACUCCAGAUGAAACUAGAGUCAAAGAAUUCAACUUGAAGGCCAUGUGGAAGAGUCCAAAUGGAACUAUUAGAAACAUUUUGAAUGGCACGGUGUUCAGAGAGCCAAUCUUAUGCAAGAAUGUUCCGAGGCUUAUUUCAGGGUGGACAAAACCCAUAUGUGUUGGAAGACAUGCUUUUGGUGAUCAGUACAGAGCUACUGAUAUGGUUGUAAAAGGGCCAGGGAAGCUUAGAAUAGUAUUUGAAGGAAAAGAUGAAAAUGUUGAUUUAGAGGUCUUCAAUUUCACUGGGGAAGGUGGUGUAGCAUUGUCUAUGUUCAAUACUGAUGAGUCCAUCCGUGCCUUCGCUGAGUCUUCAAUGAACACUGCCUAUCAAAAAAAGUGGCCACUAUAUCUUAGCACCAAAAAUACAAUUCUGAAGAAGUAUGAUGGAAGAUUCAAGGACAUAUUCGAGGAGGUCUAUGAAUCUAAGUGGAAAUCCCAAUUUGAUGCUUCUGGCAUCUGGUAUGAACACCGUUUGAUCGAUGAUAUGGUUGCCUAUGCGGUUAAGAGUGAAGGUGGUUAUGUGUGGGCUUGCAAGAACUAUGAUGGCGAUGUGCAGAGUGACUUCCUAGCUCAGGGGUUUGGUUCCCUUGGUCUGAUGACAUCAGUAUUGGUCUGCCCUGAUGGAAAGACAAUUGAAGCUGAGGCAGCACAUGGCACUGUUACCCGCCACUAUCGUGUUCACCAGAAAGGAGGUGAAACUAGUACAAACAGCAUUGCCUCAAUUUUUGCAUGGACACGAGGAUUAGCUCACAGGGCCAAGUUGGAUGAUAAUGCUCGAUUGCUUGAUUUCACUGAAAAGCUUGAAGCUGCCUGCGUUGGAACCGUGGAGUCUGGAAAGAUGACCAAAGAUCUUGCGCUGAUUGUCCAUGGACCCAAGGUGACCAGAGAUCUGUAUUUGAAUACAGAGGAGUUCAUUGAUGCAGUAUCUGAAGAGCUGGAGGCAAGACUAUCUACUUAGAUUUUGUUUGGAACGACUUUUUUACUAUUUCCUAAAAUAAUUUUUUAGUACAAAAAUUAAAAUUUUUAUCUUAAAAAUUUACUUUAAGAAACAAUAAAAAAAGCUGUUCCAAACGGAGCCUAAAUCAAAAUUAGGUGCUGAACACUGCAAAACGUAUUUUUUUGGCCAUAUGGUACAUGCAAGGCUUGUGAGUGCUUUCAUUCCAACUAAAAAUUUUGACAUCUAAGAUAAAUUUUGAUUUCCUUCACCACUGCAACGUUUUAUUCAUAUGCUCUUUUUUUUUAGAGAACAUACUGGAUGAGCAGUUGAUGGGAAUCAGUGAGAAUUCUCUGUUUAUUUAGGUUCUGUUUAAUAGUAUUUGUUUGGUAGUCA